CUCCGCCAGAACAGAGUGAAGAGCAGAGCGAUGCGCGCAGUCCACAUGGCCAGCAUCGCCGUGCGCCGUCUCGUGAGGAGGAAGAGAACGCCGCACAGUUGAUCCAAAGAAACUACCGCGGCUAUCGCAAGCGCAGGCAGCUCAAGGGUAUGGGCCUCGACGCCGACUCGAGAUGGACAGAGCAAGAUGGCGCACCGCUACUCGCACCGUUUCCCGUUCGGCGCAAUCCGAAGAGCUCGAAACUCUGUCCACCCCCGCAGAGCGAUCUCGAGCGGCGAGCGAUGCCGCCCGCAAAAAAUGGAAGCGCGUGGGAGAAAUUGCUCGGCGUGCGGGCGGAGACGAUCCCGUCGAGCCUUCAGAAGACGAGGACGCCAUGAGCCCAGAGGAGCGCAGACGGUACCAACGGAAGAAAAUGGAGCAGCGUGCAGAGCGGGAGAAGACGGCCAAGAUGAUGGACCUGCAGUAUUUUCUGGAAAUGGUGGAUUCCAAACACCGGUAUGGAAGUAACCUAAGGUCAUAUCACGACCACUGGAAGAAGUCGGACACGACGGAGAAUUUCUUCUACUGGCUUGACUUUGGGGAAGGGAAGGAGUACGAGCACCCCAGGGUAACGCGAGAUCGUCUCGACAGGGAGCAGGUACGAUAUCUGAGUCGAGAGGAGCGGAUGAGUUACCUAGCCAAAAUCGACAGCGAGGGACGACUCGUCUGGGCAAAGAAUGGCGAACGAAUCAACACAACCCAGGAAUUCAAAGACAGCAUGAAUGGCAUUGUCCCCAAGGACGAUCCCACAUCGCCGUCGUUUGGUCCCUAUGGUCAACUCGUUGGAGGAAAAGGUCGGCCUGGCAGUUCUGAUUCCUCGAGUUCCAGCUCUUCCAGUGAAUCCGAACACAGUGGCAUCGAAGGCGAACACUACGUAAACGAAGAUCUGCGGGACGCCAAGGGGCUGUCAAAGAUCAAAUACGUAUCGGCCGCGGCCCUGCUGAAUCACUUGUUGAGGGGAUCGGUCAAGCCUCACACUUGGAUCUUCGUAGCAGACACAUCGUUCCGGUUAUAUGUGGGCAUCAAGCAGUCGGGCGCAUUCCAGCACAGCUCUUUCCUGCACGGGGCUAGGAUAUCGGCUGCAGGACUAAUCAAGAUCAAAGACGGCCAGCUUCGCCGCCUGUCGCCGCUGUCUGGGCACUACCGGCCACCAACCAAGAACUUUCGGGCCUUUGUACACUCAUUACGAGACAAUGGAGUCGACAUGUCCCGCGUGUCGAUUUCUCGGUCGUACGCUAUACUGGUAGGGCUCGAAACGUACGUCAAGACUCGCCGCAAAGCGAAAUCGGGGGUCCAGCACGCCCGCAAUGCCGAGACCAAGAUCAUGCGGCCGGAAGAGUACGAGAAGCAGAAGGAGGCGGAGAAGGACACGAGCAAGAGCGCAGAGCAGGAACGGCGGAUUCUGGCGGCCAAAGCUGAAAGAGAAGAAGCCGAACGCAAAGAAAAGAGCUGGAAGCACAGAGUGUGGACGCGGAUCCGCCAGCGCACCGGAUCGCUCCGAGAAGGAUCGCCCUCGCAGCAGCAGCAGCAGCAGCAGCAGCAAAAAAAGAAACACCAGAAAGCGCUCAGCAUGCCGGGGCAGGAUGUCGAGAGCAGCAUCCCGCCUGCAGGGAAGCGAGACAAGGUUGAGCCUACAUGUUGA